AUGGUUUGCAGUGCUGAAUGUAGUGCUAUUGGUAUCACAUCUGCAGAUGUCAAAGAUGAGACUCCACGAUACUGCUGCGUUCAGGAGACUGGAGAAGCACCCCCAGGCACCCAGGGUCGUCGAGCUUUGGAACCUGCACACAGACUGGCCAUCACACUGAGGUACCUGGCGUCCGGCAGUUACCUCAGCAGUGUUGCAUACAGCUUCCGGAUUGGCUUCACGACAAUCAAAAGGAUUGUGUAUGAGACAUGCACGGCGCUGUGGGAAGAGCUGAUGCCAAUCUACCUUCCCAACCCGUCACCAGAUGUGUGGGCCCAGUCAGCGAAGCAGUUUGAGGAAAGAUGGUCCUUCCCAAACUGCAUUGGGGCUGUGGACGGCAAACAUAUCAUCAUUGAAGCCCCACACCGUGCAGGGUCCAUGUUUUACAACUACAAGGGCUCCCACUCCAUCGUCCUAAUGGCCGUAGCCGAUGCAAAGUACAAGUUUUUGUAUGCGGACAUCGGGGCAUAUGGGUCCCAGUCUGACGGCGGGGUUUUUAAAUCCUGCUCGUUGGGCAAAGACCUCGAAGCUGGUCGCCUCGGACUCCCAGCAGCAAGGAGGCUUCCUGGUUCGUCCUUGGAGGCCCCUUACGUUUUUGUGGGAGACGAGGCCUUUCAGCUGCGCCCUGACUUCUUGCGGCCCUUUCCAUGUGCCGACCUCGAUGACACCAAGCGUGUGUACAACAUACGGCUGUCACAUGCUAGGUACUGUAUGGUUUUGUCCGGCAUGCAUUAUGCUCAAGCUAUGUAG